AUGGCGGAGCCGACUAGGGCCGGGCCAAGGGUGGCCGCGGACGGGCCUGUAGCCUCCACGGACCGGACGGAGACAGCCGAGGCCGAGCCGGGGGCCGCCGAGAUCCGGGCCCUGGGCGCACCGCCGGCCCACCGUGCCUACGCGCGCCGCUGGGUCUUCCUGCUGGUGGUCAGCCUGCUCAGCUGCUCCAACGCCAUGCUGUGGCUCAGCUUCGCGCCCGUCGCCGACACCAUCGCUGAGCACUUCUUCCUGUCCAUGGAGCAGAUCAACUGGCUCUCACUGGUUUACCUUGUGGUGUCCAUCCCGUUUGGUGUAGUGGCCAUCUGGAUGCUGGACUCUGUUGGACUCCGUGGGGCUACCAUCUUGGGCGCCUGGCUGAACUUCGCUGGGAGUGUGCUACGCACCCUGCCCUGUGUGGCCGUUGGGACCAUCCACCCAUUCGCCUUCUUCAUGGGUGGCCAGAGCCUCUGUGCCCUGGCCCAGACCCUGGUCAUCUUCUCUCCAGCCAAGCUGGCUGCCUUGUGGUUCCCAGAGCACCAGCGAGCCACGGCCAACAUGAUCGCCACCAUGUCGAACCCCCUGGGCAUCCUUGUGGCUAAUGUGCUGUCACCUGCGCUGGUCAAGAAGGGCGAGGACAUUCCCAUUAUGCUGGGAGUCUGUGCCAUCCCUGCUGGCCUCGCCUGCCUGUUGGCCACCACCUGCCUCUGGGAGAGUGUGCCCCCCACUCCACCCUCCGCUGGGGCUGCCAGCUCCACCUCAGAGAAGUUCCUGAACGGGCUCAAGCUGCUCCUGCGGAACAAGGCCUACAUCCUCCUGGCCGUGUGCUUCGGCGGUGGCACUGGGAUCUUCUCCAGCCUCAUGGCCCUGCUGGAGCAGAUCUUCUGCGCAAGCGGCUACUCCAGUGAGUUUUCAGGCCUCUGUGGGGCUCUUUUCAUCAUAUUUGGAAUUCUGGGGGCGCUGAUUCUCGGCAUGUAUGUGGACCGGACCAAGUGCUUCACCGAGGCCACCAAGAUUAGCUUCUGCCUGACCUCUCUGGCCUGCGUGGCCUUUGCCGUGGUGUCCCAGCUGCAGGGACAGACCCUUGCCCUGGCUGCCAUCUGCUCACUGCUCGGGCUCUUUGGCUUCUCGGUGGCGCCUGUGGCCAUGGAGCUGGCAGUGGAGUGCUCCUUCCCUGUGGGGGAGGGUGCUGCUGCAGGCCUGAUCUUUGUGCUGGGGCAGGUGGAGGGUGUGCUUAUCAUGGUGGCGCUGAUGACGCUGACUGUGCGUCGCCGAGAGCCGUCAUUCUCCACCUGCAAGCAUGGCGAGGACCCCCUUGACUGGACAGGGUCCCUGCUGCUGAUGGCUGGCCUGUGCACCCUCUUCAGCUGUGUCUUGGUGCUCUUCUUCCACACCCCCUACCGGCGCCUGAAGGCCGAGUCUGGUGUGUCCCCCUCCACCCAGGACAUGUGCCCAGGAGCUGAGGACCACGCGUCCAACCCUGAAAUCACCCCUUGAGGCUCCCAGCACCGCACUCCAGUAGGUUCUUCUGGCCCUGCCUCCCUCCUCCAGGAGCCUCCAAGGUCCGAGAGACUCUAACCAGGGACAUCUUGUGAAGGGGAGGCUGGAGGGGAAAGUGUGGGCCAUCUUGGCUGUGCCGGCCAUGGCUGAGAGCCUGCCACAGACACUCAGGGGCUUUGGGACACCCAGGGCACGGCCAGGCAGGGCAGACCCUGUGGCUGCACGGAGAAGAGCUACCGCCCUGCAGACACUGACUGGACAGAAUGCCCACAGCAGGCCAGACCAGGCGCACCGGGAGGGCGACGCAGCGGCCGCUGGCAGGUGGGGGCUGGCCUGGCAUGCGAGUAUGGCUGAGGCGCAGCGCAAGGGCGGGGUCCUGAGGGCCCCUCAUGGCCCAGUCUGGAGUAGACAGGUGAAGGGAGCCCCCUCCGCUGCUAGCCGGGGAGAGCCGGUCCCAGCCCGCGGCCGCGCACACCCCGCGCCCCAGGGGGACACUCGCAGGCAGUCGGUGGGUGCUCGUUUAUUGAGUGGGCG